AUGAAGCUCAGGCAGGUGUUGAGUGAAGUUCCGGGUAGGAUCUGUCUAACGACGGAUCUAUGGAGAGCAAUAACAAUCGAAGGUUAUCUCUGUCUUACUGUCCACUAUGUCGACGCUGAGUGGAACCUUAGAGCUAAGAUCCUCUCCUUUUGCGCUUUCCCUCCACCCCAUUCUGGUCCGGCCAUUGCCAUGAAGCUAAUGGAGCUGAUUAAAGAAUGGGGUUUGCAGAAGAAGGUCUUCACAGUAACCGUAGACAAUGCGUCCUCUAAUGACAACAUGCAAGGAGUUCUCAAGAGGCAACUUAGAAAGGAUUUAGUCUGCAGUGGAGACUUCUUUCACAUCAGGUGUGCUGCUCACAUUCUGAAUCUCAUUGUCCAAGACGGAUUAUCGGUGAUAAGUGACGCCUUGGAGAAGAUCAGAGACAGCGUUAAGUAUGUCAAGGUCAGUGAGUCUAGAGAGUUGCUGUUUCUAGGCUGUGUGGAGACUCUUGGUAUUGUUAAGAAACGCGGUUUGGUUUUGGAUGUCACUACGCUGUGGAACUCAACCUAUCUGAUGCUGUCUAGGGUUCUUCACUACAAAGAGCCGUUUAAGAAUCUUGCAGAAAUCGAAGCAAAGUUAGAUGUCAUCAAGUAUUGGAAGAACAAUUCAAACCGGUUUAGGGAGCUAUCUCGAAUGGCAUGUGAUGUCCUAUGCAUCCCAAUAACAACAGUGUCGUCUGAGUCAUCCUUCAGUGUGGGAAGUCGGGUUCUUAGCAAGUAUAGGAGCCGCCUUCUUCCCUCAAAUGUCCAAGCUUUGAUUUGCGCUAGAAACUGGCUUCGUGGUUUUGAAGUGAUUGCUGGAUGUGAUUUAGAUGAGGAAGGUAAGGAAGAUGCCAAUGAAAAAGCAGAAGGAAGUGGAAAGAAGAAGAAGACCCGACUCAACUAA